GUUGUGCACAUAUUUCCGAGGAAUAUCUUUGAAGGAUUAAUUUCUUACAUCUGAUUUUGUUUUGCAAAGACUUGGAAUAGUUGUAUUUGAUACACAUAGUCUACAUCAUUUUUAUACUGUUACAAUUCUUUUUAUGUUCUAGUCGGGCAGGUCAAUAUGCCUCCCACGACACCGUACGCUGGCAAGUUCAGCCCCAGCCCUUACAACAACAACAUCAAUCUCAACAAAUACCACCAGCCCAUGGAAGUGAGCUACGGGGACAUGUGCUACCAUGACAACAGUCUUGUUUCUGGCUCCCUGGAGGCCCUAAUACAACACUUAGUUCCCACAGUGGACUACUACCCUGAUAGGUCGUACGUCUUCACCUUCCUGCUGAGUUCCCGUCUCUUCCUCCACCCCUAUGAGCUCAUGUCUCGGCUUUGUCACCUGUGUGUGGAGCAGCAUCGAUCUGGAGACCUGCUGCUUGAUAAGAUCAGAAUACGGGACGUUGCUCCAAAGAUCGUGCAGCUGCUGACAGAGUGGACAGAGACGUUUCCCUAUGACUUCAGAGAUGAGAGGAUGAUGCGCUGUCUGAAAGAGAUGAGCCAUCAUCUGGCCAGAGGAGAUGAGUACUCGUGGCGGGCCAUGCAGCAGAUGACUCAGCGGUUGAUCCGGAGGUUGGCGGCUCUGGGUCAGUAUGAGGAGGCUAUCGCCACGCUCAACGCCUCCGCAGCCGAAAGACCCACCGCUCUGAAGGCCAAGCAGCAGAACGGACAGAGGAAUGAUGUCCUCAGUGUCUGUGAUGAUUCCUUUAUACUAGCCCAGCAACUCACACACAUUGAACUGGACAGACUGAGUUUUAUCGGACCAGAGGAAUUCAUCCAAGCCUUUGGGGUGAAAGAUUCCCUGGACAACCAUAAGAGUUUCUUCCGAAAACGCAAGACUACUAACCUGGAGGCCUAUGUAGCUUGGUUUAACAGACUCAGCUACCUAGUGGCUACUGAAAUAUGCAUGCCAGUAAAGAAGAAACAUAGAGCCCGGGCCUUGGAUUUCUUCAUAGAUGUGGCUAGAGAAUGCUACAACAUUGGCAACUUCAACUCACUCAUGGCCAUCAUCACCGGAAUGAACAUGAGUCCUGUGUCUCGACUGAAGAAGACCUGGAGCAAAGUCAACACAGACAAGUUUGACAUACUGGAGCACCAAAUGGACCCCUCCAGUAACUUCAGUAACUACCGUACUGCCCUGCGAGGAGCCACCCAGAGGUCUAUUACAGCACACAGCAACCAGGAGAAGAUAGUCAUUCCAUUCUUCAGCCUUCUCAUCAAGGACAUCUACUUCCUCAAUGAGGGAUGUGCCAGCCGACUACCCAACGGUCAUGUCAACUUUGAGAAACUGUGGGACCUGGCGAAGCAGGUCAGUGAGUUCCUGGUGUGGCGUCAGGUGACGUGUCCCUUUGAGAGAGACAGGAAGAUCCUCCAGUACCUGGUCACCACACCGGUCUUCACCGAGGAUGAGCUGCACUUGGCCUCCUAUGAGACCGAAGGUCCAGAGAACCACCUGGAGAAGGACAGUCGGAGGUCUCUCAGGUCAUCCCUACUGCAUAGAGAGCAUCGGUGAGUGACGGUCAUGAGUGGGACACUGGGCGAUCCUCUUUCGCAACAAGAGGCUCACAGUCGACAGGGUCUGGAAGAUUACGAUUUUCACAAAGGAUGGGGAAAAUAACUGUUUCAAGCACUCAGAUAAAGGAUGCCUCCUUCUACGUUUUACAUUUUAGCAGACGCUCUUAUCCAGAGCGACUUACAGUUAGUGAGUGCAUACAUUUUUUGUUUUUCAUACU